GGUACAAUUAUACACUAUGAAGAAAUCAGGGGCACUAUUGUUAAUAUUUUCAAAUAAAUCUUCAAAGAAAUCUGUUCCGUAAAAUUUACUAUAAUAUCUAGUGACGUUCUCCUUUGGGAAUUUCUUUUUUUUCUUCACGGUUUCGCUGACGGCGAAAAGUUGAGCAUUGGAAAACGUCACAAAAUCGAAGAAAUAUACCAAACUGAGAAUACCAUCAUGACUUCUUUAGAAACUCCCAAGGUUGCACUUAUCACAGGAGCAAAUGGAAUCUCAGGAUCCGCCUUGUUGAAGCAACUUUCCCAGAAUCCGGUUUGGACUCGUAUCAUUGCCCUUUCACGAUCUCCACCCUCUAAUAUUCCAUCCGAUCCCCGUGUCGAAUUUCAUUCCCUCGAUCUCACAGCUACUGCUGGUGAAAUUGCCGAGGCCUUGAGUGCUAAUGGACUUACAAAUGUCACGCAUUUCUUUCAUUACGCCUACAUACAUACCGACUAUGACCAUCCCAAUCACUUGGAAGAGAUGACCAAGAAUAAUGUGCCUCUAUUUGCCAAUACGCUCACUGCUAUCGAUCUCACUUCUCGUGAUAGCUUGCAACGUGUGGUUCUCCAAACUGGAGGAAAGAAUUAUGGUUUACUUACCUCCCCACCCGUAUCAGUACCCCUAACCGAGGAUGCUCUUCGGGUGACCGAUCCUCGAUCCCUCCCCAACUUUUACUAUCACCAAGAAGAUUUCCUCUGGUCACUCUCUGAAGAACGAUCUUGGAGUUGGAAUGUCACAAUGCCUUUCUGGAUAUCAGGGUAUGUAGGGAAAUCCGGAAACAGCUGGGUUACAUCUGCAGCCAUUUACUUUAGUCUCUGUAAAGUUCUCAACAAACCCGCCAUUUUCCCCGGCGGAGAAGAUGAGUACUAUGGAAAGUGGGACAAGGGACAGCACUUCAGUACUAGUUGGGUGGUUGCGGAAUUCACAGAAUGGUUAGCGUUAAAUGAAGAACCGACAGUGAAAAAUCAGAAAUUUAAUAUUGUAGAUGAUACGGUUACAACAUUUAAAGAUGUUUGGGAGGGCAUUGGAAGGUAUCUUGGGGUUGAGACGAAGGUGAAACGGAAAUAUGAUCUGAUGAGUGAAGUGAAAGAGAUGGAAAAACAAUGGCCGGGAAUUGUAGAGCAGUAUGGAGUAAGAGAUGAUGCGUUGAGCAUUGUUACAUGGGAUGCGUUUGUUCAUGGGAUGGACGCUGGGGAAUGGGGAAGUGUGGUUAAUAUGGAUAAAGCAAGUAAAGCUGGUUGGACAAAGAGGGUCGAUACCAUUAAAGAGAUGGAAAAGAUCUUUGGGGAGAUGAAAAAGGAUGGAUGGAUUCCGAAUGUCUGAGGGGAAUUUGGUCGAGAUAUUUUUCAUCAUCUAGAAAUAAAUCUAGGGAAUUAUAUUGUGUUCCUAGUUGGAAUAUCUAGUGCAAAAAUCCAUCAUCUGUCGCUUUCUUAAAUGAGGAUUCCGCGCUGUGAAAGUUGAGAUAGAAUCUCAAGACGCA